UUCUCGCCGUCGCCGCCGUCUCAAAAACAUAACCUAGUUUUUUCAGCACGCCGAGUGACAGAAAGAGAAGCUUCAUUAUUUCAGAGAAACAAGACAAUAUUGAAAAUAUCUUUAGAAUAAUGGUAUUUUUUUUUAACUGCGAAAAAUGACCAGUUACGAUCAUAUUGUUUAUAAAAAUGAUCCAGUUUUAUUUAAAAACUAUACAAACAAACGUUGCACUGUGACAGCAACGGAUAAUAGUGUUCACACCGGCAUUGUUUAUACGGUCGAUCCCGUUACAGAAAGCAUUGUUCUCAUAGAGAAAGAAAACACACCUGAACAGCGCUUGAAAUUUGUUAUUGGACAUGCUGUACAAAAAGUUGAUGUAUUGUCCGAGGAACUCGGUCAAUUGCCACAGUUAUUUCAAGAACAUACUCCUGGCAUUUCCAAAGCUGCUAUCAUGGGAAGGAAACAGGCUGUACUGAAUAUUUUACUUGAAAAUCGUUUUCCUGUACAAGAAAACGGAGACAUCAUUGAAAUGGAAAAUGUAUUUACCAUAAAGCCGCCUUAUGCUCCAGAAGACUGCAUUUCUAUGCAGCCCCUUGUUUUAACGAGUCUUCAUAAAAUUCUUUCGCAAUUGACGUAACAUAAAACUAUCGGUAGACCGCAUACGGUUUAAUUUGGUAUUGUUGAACUUGGUUUUUAGUUCUUUUACAAGUUUCUACCCUUUUUUCACAUGCUUAACAGAAAAAGAAGCCAAUUGAUGUUAGUUUUCAUCUCCAAAACGCAUAAAAAAUUAAAAUAAGAGGCUGACAAUAUUUUUAAAUCCAUUAGAGAAAAGAAAAAAUGUUGUUAUGACACAAAAUGGAAAUUUCAGUGUUAUUGGAAAAUUCGCAUAUAUAAAAAUACAAAUAAUGGGAGUCAAAGGACAAGGAAAAGGGUUGAGAAGUCAUUGAAAUAAAAAUCAUUCGAUAUUCUCAUAUUGACAAUAGCUAUAAUAUUUGUAUACAUUUUAAACUUUUUUCUUAAACCUGUAAUUUAUUAUAAAAAUAAACCUGUGAUUAUGAGGAA